UCUAGCUAAGGAAAUGAAAGCAAGCGGAGUGAAAAUUGAAAAAUUAAUUCACGAAACUUCACCAAGCAACAUUUACUCGAAAGGAAAGCUAUCAAUCAAAUUUAUUACAAGCUUCAAAGGAUCUCUUCAACUUUGUGCAAAUGGUUUCCCAUUUACUCGACAUCGAGUGUUAGGAUCGACAGUUUAUUGGCGUUGUGUGCAGUUCAAAGCUCUUGGAUGUCGAGCACGAUUACGAACUCGAUUAGAUAAAAAUGAACAAUACAUGACACAUCGAAACUACGAUGAUGCAUCACAAAAAGUCGAAAUCGUUUGUUUGCAGAAAAAAGAGGAAAGUUCUAAAAUUUCCCAACCAAAGAAGACAUCAAAUACGAUUGAGAUUCGAGAAGGAGAUCACGAUUUGAAACUUAGUUACGAUAGAUUCGGUCGAUUGAUUUAUCAGAAAAAUGUUUUCAGUCGUGUAUCAAUAGGAGCUAAGAACACUGUCAGAUAUCGAUGUAGCGAAUAUCAUCCAAAGCCUUUCAUUGUGACUCCAAAUCCAGCUUCAGUGCGAACUUUUGAUGGUAAACCGCUUCCAGUUGGUGACGUUCAAAUCGUGAAGCAGUUCAACAAUGGACAUGCGUUGUGUCUUUUGAAACGAAAACGAUUGCGAGGAUAUUGCGUUCAUUGCAUUAAAAAGUGCAAGAAUAAAAAUUAUAAACAAGUUCUUGAUAAGAUUGAAACUUACUGUCCAUGCUGUAAAGGCGGACCAUGGUUGUGUGCAACUUGUUUCGAUCGUUUCCAUUCAUAG